AUGAAUCGGGGAUUCCGAGUUUUAUUCUAUAACUUCAAGAGGUCUCCGUUGCUCAUCUUUUCAUCAGGAAUUAGUUUAUGUGCCAAACAGUGCAACAAAGCAAAAACGAAAACCGGAUUGGCGUUGGAUCUUUCAGCACAAUACAAGAAGUACGAUCUACGAGAACAUGUACUCGCUCGACCCGAUAUGUACGUGGGAACAAAGGAGAUUUGUCAGAAGGCCGAAUGGAUCCUCGAUGGAAAUGAAAUGAAGCAAGAAGUUUUAACAUAUCCACCUGCAUUAUUAAAGAUCUUUGACGAAAUUUUGGUAAAUGCGGCCGACAAUAAGCAAAGGUCUCCAUCGAUGAGAGCAAUUCGAGUGAAUGUUGAUAGAAAAGAAGGUUCGAUCACCGUUUGGAACGAUGGAGCUGGACUGCCGAUUCGCGAACACCCAGAAGAGCACAUACCAAUUCCGACAUUGUUAUUUGGACAUCCAAUGGUGUCAUCACAUUACGAUGAUUCUAAGGAAAGGAUCGUAGGUGGUCGUAACGGUUUUGGUGCGAAAGUUUGCAAUAUUCUAUCAUUAAAGUUCACCGUUCGAACGGGAUCGAGAUAUGACAAAAAGUUGUUUGAACAGACUUGGUUAAAGAACAUGGGACAACCGCAAGAACCAUUGAUUACGGAUUAUACUGGCGGCGAUUUUACCGAGGUCACAUUUCAACCUGAUUUUCAAUGGUUUUGCGUCGAUAAAUUAGAGGAAGAUGUAGUCAAAUUGAUCUACAGACGAGUUGUCGAUGUGGCUGCGACGUCAAAGGGUGUUGACGUGUUUUUCCAAGACGAGAGGAUUGAGUUGAAUUCAUUCUCCAAGUAUGUUCAUAUGCAUCUCCCUGAAGGCCUCACCACAUUUCGACAACAUCCUGAUGAACGAUGGGAAGUCCAUCUUGCGCCUUCUUUGGACAAGAAUUUUCAGCAAAUCUCCUUUGUUAAUAAUGUGAACACUACAAAGGGUGGACGACACGUUGAGCACGUCAUGUCACAAGUUGUAGAAGCAAUCCGGGUGUUGCUCGAGAAAAAGGGAAAGAAAGGAAUCCGAUCUGGAACGAUCAGGUCGCACCUAUGGCUUUUUCUGAACUCUAUCAUCGAGAAUCCGUCAUUUCAAGCACAAACAAAGGAAGAACUUGCAACGGAAGUGAAAAAGUUCGGCUCAAAAUUUGUGCUCAACGGACCGGCAGUGCAAAAGUGGGCCAUUCAAGCGGGAAUUAUCGAGGAGAUCCUUUCUGGAGCUGAAGAUAAGAAAAGAUCAAGUCUUCGUGCUCGAGAUUUAGCUACGGAGAUCCCACGACUUGAAGAUGCCGAGGGAGCUGGAAAAAGCAAGAGGCAGGAAUGUACACUAAUCAUAACGGAAGGCGAAUCAGCUAAAGCUUUGGCAAUAGCAGGAUUAGAGGUGGUCGGCCGAGAGCUUUAUGGAGUAUUGCCGAUACGGGGGCGCUUGAUCAAUGUAAAGGACAACACUGAAGAAAAGGUAUUUGCAAACGACGAGGUAAAAGAUCUUUGUACUGCACUUGGAUUGGAACGUUCGCUUACAUAUUCGACACCUCAGGAAAGAAAACGAUUGCGGUACGGUCGGCUACUUCUAUUUGCGGAUCAGGAUGAAGAUGGAUCUCACAUCAAAGCUCUUGUGAUCAAUUUAAUACAGCACUUUUGGCCGGAACUUUUGCGAAAUGGCUUUAUUGCUAGUUUUGUGACCCCACUCAUAAAGGCAAGACUUGGAAACCAGAUCGCUAGUUUCUAUUCAAGACGCGAAUUCGAUGAGUGGGCACUGAAAACGGCUGACCAUGCAAAAUGGACGAUCAAAUAUUAUAAAGGACUUGGAACCUCAACGUCGAAAGAAGCGAAGGAAUAUUUUUCGAAUCUUGAUUCACAUGUUAUUCCUUAUCGAUGGGAGGAGGGAGAUGAUGCAAAAUUUGAUCUGGCAUUUACGAGAAAUCGAGCAGCUGCAAGAAAAGAAUGGAUUCUGCAACGAAACCAGGAGACAAACGAUUUGGAAAAUCCGCUGUCAGAAAAACUGAAACGAGGCGUCACUUUUUCCGAAUUCAUCGAUGAUGAACUUUAUCAAUAUUCGGUGACAAGUUUGAAGAGAUCGAUUCCCAGUGUUAUGGACGGGCUUAAGCCAAGUCAGCGAAAAAUUCUUUACACUUGUCUCCGAGGACGUGAUGGGAGAAAGGAGUGGAAAGUAUCACAAUUGGCUGGCAUGGUUGCUCAUAGGCAAUCUUAUCAUCAUGGAGAGGCAGCUCUCGAGUCAGCAAUCGUUCGUUUGGCGCAAAAUUUUGUCGGCGCGAAUAAUGUGCCUUUGCUGCUUCCGGUGGGACAAUUCGGAACUCGAGCUGAAGGUGGAGAUGAUGCAGCGUCUGCGAGAUACAUUUAUGUUCAAAUUAGUCCAAUCAGUGACAAACUCUUCCCCGCCGCCGAUGAGCUGAGUUUAACGCUGACGGAAGAAGAGAAUCAAAAAGCGGAGCCGAAAUGGUUGUGCCCAUUGAUUCCGACUGUUCUUCUAAAUGGAUGCGAUGGACUAGCUACAGGCUGGUCAACGAGUGUCCUCUCGUAUCGACCAAAUGCCAUCAUCAACAAUGUUCGUCGAUUGAUUGAAGGGAAAGAACUUGAAAAGAUGGAGCCAUGGUUUCGGGGCUUCAAUGGCCAAACUUUUCCCACAUCUCCCGAUUAUCGAGCCUUCAAUGUUCUUGGAAAGAUUCAAACUUUCAGCAAAGAUAAGAAUUUUGUUCACGUGAAAAUCACUGAGUUGCCCCUUGGUGUUUGGACGCAACACUACAAGGAGAAAGUGCUUUCGAAUCUGGUUGAGAAAGGAUACAUACGAAAUCUUUCUCAAAAGCAUACCGAAAAUUCGGUGCAUUUCGAUUUCGAUAUGAUGAAGGGGUACAUUGAUGUGGAUGACGAGAAGAAGUUGAUUUCGACUUUUAAGCUAUCAACCAUAGUGUCAGCGAGGAAUAUGGUCCUUUUCAAUCCAUCACAAAAACUGCAUCAUUAUCUGAACACUGAUGAAAUUUUUCACGAUCAUUUUGUUGAAAGGGAGCGCUUCUAUAAGGAAAGGAUACAACGGGAGAUCAAACGACACGAAAUUCGAUUGAAGACUCUUCAGAAUCAGGUCAGAUUCGUGCAAAGGGUUGUUGAGAAAACGAUUGAUCUCCACGAUGACAAUAUUAUUGCGGGACUAAUCGAAAAGGGAUUCGAUAGCGAUCCACAAAAUGUUCAUAGUGAUCGGCGUCAUGACUUUGGAUAUCUUGCGAAUAUGCCGAAUCGAAAGUUUCGACGUGGUGAAAUCGCGAAAUUGGAAGACGAAAUGCGGACAGUUCAACGGUUGCACGAUGCGACUGGAUCGAUGACUGCGAAACAAGAAUGGCUACAAGAAUUGGAUCAAUUGGAAAAGGAGUUUGCCGCCCAAGACAAGGGAUUCAAGUGCGCCGAAAUGCACUUGAAACUCGCCUUUCUUGUCGUGAUUCUCGUCGCUUUCACUUGGGCACAACAGGAUCCAAAGGCCCGAAGCGCAACGCAGAAUCAGCAACGAGCUCGGGCAAUGCCCAAGCUGAAGCCAGGUGAUGGCGCAAAUCAGCAACUUGUUACUUUUCUCCGGAAUUUGCGCAAAUUCCACCAGCAAGGCCGAGCCCCAGCUACUCAACAAUGGCAGAAACAGGCGACCACUUUCUGUAGCUUUUUCCAUCGACACCCUAAAUGCCAGAAUGGAAAGAAACCAAAGUUUACGGACAUUACUCCAAUGCUCGCCGUCACACAGAAACGAGUAGUGCUGCAAAGGCAAAAGCAACGAAAUCGAAUGGCGAGAAGGAGAAAGAUAAAGAAGAUUCCAAAACUCCAAAAGCGCAAGAAUCCACUUGAUGACGCUCCAGCGGGAAUGGCCGAUUUGAUCCCGGAUCACGUGAAGCAUUGGGGCAAAAUGAAAUCGGAAAACCGAAAGAAAGUCAAGGGAGUUUGUGCGAGAAUCGAUUGUAAAGCGUGGAAAGCACAUAAACAAAAAAGAGAUCAUUUGAGAGGACAGAUGAAAAAAUUCCGUGCUAAAGUGAAAGCUCCCGAUCAAUCUGAUGAUGAUAUUGAAUUGGAAUUGGAUCGAACAAGGCAACUUAAAAAGGCUCUUUUAGAGAAAGCCGAGUUGGAUACAGAUGUUGACCCAGCUGAUGAUGGAGUAUUCGAUGGAGAUCUCUUGCUGACAAAAGAACAAUCUGAAUAUUUGCUGAAUGAGCUUGAUAAGGGCGGUGUCGAAGAAGAGGUGGGACUGCCGCCGGGUGCCGAAGGAGAAGUUGCUCCACUUGAUCCAAGCCAAGAUCCCGAUUAUGAUAGUUCGAUUGCGGGAGCCAGUCUAGAUUAUGAGGUGGAAACAACUGAUCCCCCAGAUGCAGGAAUGGUGCAACCGGAAGAGCCACAGCUCAGCAGAAUGGCUCGAGCGGCUCUCUUCUUCGAGCAACAAUACGUGCGCAAAUGGGACAAUACUAGGCCAAUCCCGUACACUUUUCAUGAAUCAUUAGAGAGCGGGGAUCAACAAACAGUUCGACAGGCUCUUCAAACAAUCUCAAAUAAUGUUCCAUGCCUUCGUUUCCAAUACGUUUCGGCACCAAUUCAAAACGGAUACUUUUUGUAUUAUAUGAAAACCGAUGCGCCUGGAUUCUGUGGCCUUUCUCGAAUCGGAAAAGUGACUGGUGGAAACGAAAUCUACUUGAGUUUCACUUGCAAUGGGAAUAUCGGAGUGACAAUUCAUGAAACAAUGCAUUCACUGGGCGUUGAUCAUCAGCACAUUCGAAUGGAUCGAGACAAAUGGAUUACGGUGAAUUGGGGAAAUGUCAAUCCACAAAUGUACGACUCGUUAGCCGUUUCGGACGCAAAAACAUUCACCACUUACGGAGUACCGUAUGAUUACGCUAGUGUGAUGCACUACAAUGCUUACACAGCAGCUGUUGAUUACACAAAGCCGACUCUAAUUCCAAUUUACAAUGCUGAUGCGAAUAUUCGAGUGAUGGGACAAAGAGAUUCGAUGACGAAAAGAGAUGUCGAGAUUCUCAAUAAAAUGUACUGCAAACCGGCUAACUGUUACGAUACUAAUGUUUACUGUGGCCAUUGGGCUCUCGACAAUCAGUGUGGAUCGGCGAAUACUGGAGGAUGGAUGGCACAAAAUUGUCGAAAAAGUUGUAAUUUCUGC